AUGGCUGGCCUUUCUCAAGCUGCGUUGCCCUCGCAGCUUCUUUCCCUCGUACGACGCAAUGCACCCUUGUGCCGCCGCAUUCACUCGUCUCCCUUGAGGGCCGCUGUCGCACAUCCUGUCACUGCCCAUGGUCCCCCGCCCAAAGCUCCUGCGCCAUGUCCGGAUUUCAAGGGAAGUGCAGAACAGCAGAUGAAAGAUGCGAAUUCUAAACCGGCAAGUGCAACACAGUCAGAACCCUCAAGGGCCACCGUGUCAUUGAAGAAGCGGUUUUGGAAGGAUGUCCACGUCCAUGGGAAGCAGGGCGAGUACCAGGUCCUACUCGACAAACGACCCGUCAGAACACCCACCAAGGAAAUCCUCACCAUCCCCCAUACAAAGCCUCACCUGGCGCACGCCGUCGCCCUGGAAUGGGAUGUGAUGACCUCUCCCCAACAGGCUCUGAAGAGUCAUCUGAUUCCCCUGACUUCCCUCUCGGCGCGCGCGGCGGAUAUUGUUCGGGAGGAUGCAGAGGGCGUUACCACUAUCCGUGACCAGAUCGUCACGACUGCCAUGCGCUAUUUGGACACCGACACUCUGCUUUGCUGGGAACCCGAACGGACGAGCCGUCCGCUGGAGCGCAUGGAUGGCGAAGAAAAGACCGAGAGCCUAAGAGAAAUUCAGAUGAAGGUUGCCAAAGACAUCAUGAGCUUCCUGUCUAUGAAGGUUUGGCCCGGUCUUGAGAUCGUGCCCAUUCUCGACACUGAGAGCAUUCUGCCUUUAUCGCAGCCGCAGGCCACCAAGGAAAGCAUCCGCACUUGGGUGUCAGAGCUGGCUCCUUAUGAUCUGGCCGGUCUGGAGCGAGGCAUUCUGGCCUCCAAGAGUCUCCUUGUUGCGGUGCGCUUGGUGACGGAAUGGAGUGAAAACUUCCGUGAUCUCCAAAAACACGACACCAAGAAGUUUGGUCUUGAAGAUGCGGCCGAGGCUUCGAGUCUGGAGGUGAAAUGGCAGACGGACAUGUGGGGCGAGGUGGAGGAUACCCACGAUGUUGACAAGGAGGACCUGAAGCGACAACUGGGCAGCGUUGUCAUUGUGCGCUCUCGGAGUGCGCUAGCGCUUUCCCUGCUGCAUCGCGAUAAAUCCAAAGGCGAAGACAAGGAGGACGACAACUCCUCGGUCAUUUCCGCCUCAACGAACGGCUCCUCGAUGACGCAUACUCGCAGCUUCAGCCGUAGUCGUCGCAAGCAAACCCAAGAUCCGACCCAUCCCCCAGUUCCCGAGGACUCCCUCGAGCAGAUCGCUGCCUACCAGAGCUCCCAGGGCGGGGACACUACGGAUGAUAAGGAGGCUUCAUCCCCUCAGCCGGAGUUGACCAGCAUGUCACUCGACCAGUCGGUGCGGACCUUCCGGUUAUUUGAGACCCUGCGCAGUGGUGAUACAACUGCCAUUUCCAAGGCUAUCAAGGAAUCGGGGGAUGCCCAAGUGGCGAACAAUCUGUAUGGAACAACCAUUCUCCACCUAGCUCUACAGUGUGCAGAACCCCAGGUGGUGGAGUAUGUGCUGUCUUCAAGUGAGGACUUGGAUAUCAACGCUCGGGAUCGCGAGGGCAACACCCCGCUUCAUCUCGCUGCCCAGCUUGGACGCACCUCUUUGGUUCGGGAUCUACUGAGCCGGUCCUCCGUCAAUGACGCCAUGGUCAACUACCGGGGUCAAACUGCUCUCGAUCUUGCCCGUACACCAGAGAUCUUCCAGCAACUCCAGCUGGCCCGGUCUCUCUUUAUUGACGAAAAGACCCAGGAGAUCCAAGCUCUUCUCGUGAAAAGGCAAUAUGAUGAGCUAGAGAAACUGCUGGAGGAACCUCGGGCAGAAGGUAUCCUGGACGUCAACAGCCUGGAUCUGGUUACCGACCGAAUCACCGCGCAGACCGGCGGUACUUUGCUACAUGAGGGUGCUCGGAAUAAAGACGUGCAACUUAUUGAGAUUCUUCUCACUCAUGGAGCGGACCCUUUCCGACGUGACAAGAAAGGAAAGCUGCCCCAAGAUGUUACCAAGGAUGAUAAGACCAAGGCAAUGUUGAAAAAGUCCCCGGCUGCUGCGCUUGCCCAGCGAGGUAUCCAGGAGAAGGCUAUUCUCGGAAACAGUAAUGCUCAGGGCUUGGCGGGUCGAGUAUCCAUUGGAGAGGCACCUCUGGCAGGUAAAGAUGCCCGUGAGAUGCGUGGCUAUCUUAAGAAAUGGACCAACUAUACAACUGGCUACAAGUUGCGGUGGUUUGUCCUCGAGGAUGGCGUUCUCAGUUACUAUAAGCACCAAGAUGAUGCUGGUUCUGCUUGCCGUGGAGCAAUCAAUAUGAAGAUCGCUAGGUUAAACAUGGACGCUCAAGAUAAAACUCGAUUUGAGAUCCAUGGAAAAUCGUCGGUUAAGUACCACCUGAAGGCAAACCAUGUUGUGGAGGCCAAGCGAUGGUUCUGGUCUCUGAAUAAUGCGAUUCAGUGGGCCAAGGACGAAGCCAAGGAGGAAGCACGUCAACGUUCGCAGAACGCAGAAGUUCUUCGUCAAGCCAAGAUUGACCAGUCAAGUAUCAGCGGAACUCCUUCUGAGUCUGGUCUUAGUCACAAACCCAGCACCAAGGGUCUUGCACCUCCUUCUCUCGGAGUACCCGGUAGCAGCAGCGCUAAGCUUAGCACACACACCUCCCGAACUACUCUUGAGGUUACACCAGAGGAUGAAGCAGGCUCGGCUUAUGGCUCACUCGAUGCUCCUAACGAGGUGAACAGAACGAUCAGCCAUGUCACUACCGCGCCUGAUAUGGAUGGCGAUGACGAUGAAUACGGCGAUUAUGCUUCCAGCCGUGAGAUGCCUUCAGAGGACAAGGACGCUCUGAACAUCACUGCACAGUCUGCAAAGCUUCAAUUGGAUCUUCUGGCCAAUGUGUCUGCUUCUCUGCAGACAGAGAAGUCUAAGAACCCAGAUAUGACUAUUUCAGAUCCAGCGAUUGAGCAAGCUCUUGGUGCCUAUGAGGGAGCCGUCAGUAGUCUCAAGGGCUUGGUACAAAAUCUCCUUAAAAUUUCGCGGGAUCGCGACGCCUACUGGCAAUACCGCUUGAACCGAGAAGAACACCUUCGUCAAAUGUGGGAGGAGAGCAUGGCGCGUGUCGCUCAAGAGCACGAAGAUCUGCAGUCCAAGAUGGGCGAGUCCGAAGAAAAGCGGAAGCGCACCAAACGGGCCCUGAAGGAAGCUCUGGAGAAUGCUACUGGUAGUAGUCGUGAGAUCAGCGGCCCGUCCUCUCGCAUGCUGGCUGAAGACCAGGACGAGGAAGGUCAGGAGGAGGCUGAAAACAAAGGGGACCAGCCUAGUGAAUCAGCUCGGCCUGUUUUUACUCGCAACAAGUCGGUCGCGAAGUCUGCGUAUUCUCAGAUUAGCAGUCUUUAUGACUCUGAGUCGGAUGGCGAUGAAUUCUUUGAUGCCAUUGACGCUGGAGAAAUUGAGGUGGAGGAUGUCACCAAGGUCGAACCUCAAGAACAGGAGGAACCCGAAGAUGAGAGCUCUCAAGCUCGUAAUGAUAAAGCGGCUGUGAUCAAGCCUUCCUUUAUGGGUUACGAAGAGCCUGUACGAACGAAACUGAAGAUGGACAAUGACAACCGGCCCAAAAUCUCUCUUUGGGGUAUUUUGAAAUCCAUGAUUGGCAAGGACAUGACCAAGAUGACCCUGCCAGUCUCUUUCAACGAGCCGACCUCAUUACUUCAGCGAGUUGCUGAAGACUUGGAGUAUACUGACCUUCUUGAUAUCGCUGCUGAUCGAACCGAUUCAAUGGAACGUCUGGUUUAUGUGGCUUCGUAUGCUGCAAGUGAAUAUGCUUCGACUAUCGGCCGUGUGGCAAAGCCAUUCAAUCCUCUGCUCGGUGAAACUUUCGAGUACGUGCGGCCAGAUAAGGGCUACCGAUUCUUCGUGGAACAGGUCAGCCACCACCCUCCAAUUGGCGCUGCAUGGGCCGAGUCGCCUAAAUGGGAUUACUGGGGUGAAUCCUCCCUUAAAUCCAAGUUCUACGGCAAAUCCUUUGAUAUCAACCUGCUCGGCACAUGGUUCCUCAAGCUGCGUCCUAUUACCGGUGGGGAGGAGCUGUACACUUGGAAGAAGGUGACAUCCUCCGUGAUUGGCAUUAUUACAGGUAACCCCACCGUGGACAACUAUGGUCUUAUGGAGAUCAAGAACUGGACCACAGGAGAGGUCUGCUACCUUGACUUCAAGCCCCGUGGGUGGAAAGCAUCGUCGGCCUACCAGGUCAGCGGUAAGGUGGUUGACAAAGAUGGGUCUCCCAAAUGGAGUAUCGGCGGUCGCUGGAACGACAAGAUUUAUGCUCGCCACACACCCGGCUUUGAGGCACCAGUCUCUGGCCAGGACCCCGAGUCAGCAAAGACGCUUCUGGUAUGGCAGGCCCAUGCUCGUCCCACGGGCGUACCUUUCAACCUCACUCCCUUCGUUAUUACCUUGAACGCUCUUCCCGAAAGCUUGAAGGAUUGGCUACCUCCGACUGACACCAGACUGCGUCCCGACCAGCGUGCUAUGGAAGAUGGCGAAUAUGAUCUUGCUGCCGAUGAGAAGCACCGCGUCGAAGAGAAGCAACGUUCCAAGCGCCGAGAACGCGAAACUAACGGAGAGAUUUACAACCCCCAAUGGUUCGCCCGUGCUACCUGCCCUAUCACCGGCGAGGACUACUGGUCUCACAACGGCAAAUACUGGGCCAGCAGAGAUGCCCAGGAUUGGAGUCUUUCGGAAGAUAUCUUCUAG